GAAGUUCGGUGGCGCCGUGGCUGGAUCUAGAAAAUCAAUUGAUUGGGUGCCCGGCGUCUGUGCGCAUGAACAAUCACGUAAGCGGUAGCUCUAAGCUGUACAGCUUUGCUCUGCCCAACUCUCCUCCUCACUUUUCUCAGACGGCAUGCCCCUCGGCAUUGGGGCUCCUUGAGGCUACAGCAGGUAUGUAUUUAUACUUUCUUUACCAUCGCGGGUCGAUGCACGCAAUUGAAGGCAGGACGGCGCGUACUAUAAAGCUCGAAAAGUUUUCUCGCGGAACGGCGAACCGCGACCAGCAGCCUGUCUUCACGCUGCAUCGGCUUAGCCGCUCCACUUCAUGAUGAACAAACACAUAACCUUAGAACCGUUGCGAAUGACGCCAGCAAUGGCGGUUGAUCUCAUCAUCCUCAAAUUCUGAACCAACCUCACACUUUGGCCUUUAUUACCUCUGUGUUUGCGUUUUUACUAACAGGUCUAAAGUAUGAGUAGACCGACGCUCCACUUCCUCCGACCGUACCUCAAGCGCGGCCUCCAGCCUGCCGUCAAGCCGGAACUCGCCUCCGCCUAUUGCGCCUUCCAGCGAAGGUCAGCACAAACGAUCGCCGCCGAUGCCUACACCGGUCGGCACGAUGUCGAGAAGCAGAAGCGGCUGGAGCAAUUGCGCAAGAUGAAGCCAUUGGGCGAAUACCAUCCUCGACUGGUAAAUCACACCAAUGGAGAACACAUGUCGCUGAAGGACUUCCACGCUCAGUACGAGGGAAUGACAGGUCUUCGCGGUGACCGAGUGUCUGUAUUCGGCAGAGUUCGAUCAGUGCGAAUGCUGGGAUCCAAGCUGAUGUUCCUUGAUAUUGAGCGUGACUCACAAGUGCUGCAAAUCAUGAUCGAGGUGAAGAAGCUCGACAAUUAUGAUGAGGCUGUGGAAGCUUUCAAGGCAUUCAGGAAAGUGGUAGGCCGCGGCGACUGGGUGUCAUUUCACGGACAGCCAAUACGGACGUCGACCGGGCAACUGUCGCUUCUGGCACUUCAUGUGCCAAGUAUAGUUGCACCCUGCUUACACCAUCUUCCGGAAAAGGUCGAGAGUGCUGAGACGCUUGCUCGUAACCCUCAUCUGCAUCAGCUCACGAAUGACGAGCCAGGCGAUAUCCUCCGCCUGCGUGCUCUGAUAUAUGACUCCAUACGUCAACACUUGGUACACAGUGGAUUUUUAGAGGUGGAGACCCCUAUCUUCGACGUAAACGCUGGAGGAGCUAUUGCUCGGCCUUUCGAGACUAUUGCAAACGAGCUCUCGAACACGCCAGUUCGGCUUCGGAUAGCACCGGAGCUGAAUCUCAAGAGGCUUAUUGUUGGAGGACAGGAUAGGAUAUUUGAGAUCGGUCGCGUCUUCAGAAAUGAAGGCGUCGACAACACUCACAAUCCUGAGUUCUCCACAUGCGAAUUUUAUGAGGUCGGGGCGACUCUUCCUUCUCUGAUCGACAGAACAGAGAAACUUGUCUGCGGUCUGAAGGAUGCUGUGGAAAUGCUUCGACCAAGCUAUUUCCCUUCCCUUCACAAACCUGAAGGUGUAGACUUCAAAGCUCCUUUCGCUCAAUUGCCGUUCAUUCCGACAAUCGAACAGGCUUGCGGACGAGCACUGCCCGAUCUCUCAUCGAGCACCGCAGCUCAAGAUCUCAUCGAUAUGUUCAAUGAUCUGAGCAUCACCGUCCCGCCAAACCCAACUCUCCCCCGCUUGCUUGAUGCACUCGCUGAAGAGUACAUUGAGCCCCUUUGCAUCAACCCUACUUUCAUUACACACCAUCCUGAAGCGCUCUCGCCAUUGUCAAAGUCUUACAUUUGCCCUGCAACCAACCAGCGUGUCGCAUCACGCGUUGAGCUUUUCAUCAAUAGCCGCGAAUACGUCAAUGCCUAUGAAGAGGAGAAUUCACCUUUCGAACAGCGACGCAAAUUCAUGCAACAGCUGGAAUUCCAUUCUGAACUCGAGCAAGGUGGCAGAGAAGUGGAUGAGAGCUAUCUUGAGGUCCUGGAAUGGGGCAUGCCACCUACAGGGGGUUGGGGAUGUGGCCUGGACCGCUUAGUCAUGCUGUUCGCAAACAAAAAGCGGAUCGCUGACGUACUUCCCUUCGGAACUUUGAGGAACGUAGUCAGCAUCGCGAAGAACAAGUAGAACCGCACGACUGGGAAGCUGUAGUGCGCCGUGCAAGAAUAGAUAUACGUGUCAGCGUACCAGGUACGUGGUGUGUAUCUAGUGUAUUUGUAGCUUGGCGAAUGCCGAACGAACGACGACAAUCAUCAGGCCGUACGAACUUGCCCGUCAUUGAAUCAACUAAUCCAACCUCCUAGAACGAUAUGUAAUGACUGACAGCACAUCUCGCAUGCUCGCUAAUCCUGUUUUUGUCUAGGUGGUCGCAACCCGUUUACCGGGCUCCUGU